AUGCCUCCCCCACCACCACCGCCGCCGCCUCCUAUGCCCGGACGAGGAGGGGGACCUCCGCCUCCUCCUCCUCCGCCGCCGCCUGGAGGACCAGGUGGCCCUCCUUCUCGCCCUGCCGGCGGAGGAGCUGGACGAGGCGCUCUCCUCUCCGAUAUCAGCAAGGGAAAAGCCCUCAAGAAGACCGUAACAAACGACCGAUCGGCACCGCAAGUAAGCAAGUCCUCCGGCGGACCGGGUCCGUCACCGCUGGGAGGAGCACCGCCGAUUCCGGGAAUGCCCAAGGCCCCUGGCGGCCUCGCUCCUCCCGUCCCAGGAAACAGAGCUCGCAGCAACAGUGAUCAGGGCUCAAGAGAUGGCGGAGUUUCGAGCAUGGAGAGCGCAGCACCACAGUUAGGAGGCCUGUUUGCCGGUGGAAUGCCCAAGUUGAAGAAACGUGGCGGUGGUGUCGACACAGGUGCCAGCCAAGAUGCGUCCUAUCUGUCAGAUCCAGAACGGUCCUCGAGGUCCGUCCCGAAACCACCAGUGGCAUCAGCACCCAAGCCGCCUGGAGGAGCAGCACCUCCCAUUCCGGGCAUGCGACCUCCGCUUCCUGGCGCAUCAAGCUCACCCGCGAUCAACCCUGGAGUUGCACACCUAAGAAAGACAGGCCUCAGUGAUGUACCAAGGCCAUCGUCUUCAGUAUCGAUCAACAAGGGACCUCCACCUCCUAUCGGCAAGAAACCUCCUCCGCCACCUGGCUCUCGAAAGCCCUCGAGCACACUUCCUUCCUCACCAGCUCCUCAACCACCACCUCUACCCGGCGCUCCAGCACCUCCACCGCCCUCGGCAGCAGCUCCUUCCGCGCCAUCUGCACCGCCGGCUCCUCCACCGCCGCCAUCCUCGGCUGCUCCAAGAGCCCCUCCCUCAGCACCCUCUAGAAGCCAGGCGCCACCAGCUCCACCACCACCGCCGCCUCCAUCCGCCGCCCCGAGCACACCCAGCAUCGCCGUCCAAGCAGCCAUCCGCGCAGCCGCAGGCGCCAGCUCACCCACAUCCGCACCUCCUCCCCCACCACCGCCUCCAGUCAACCGCGCCGCGGCGCCCAGCCCGCCUCACGCACCGCCAGCAGCGCCCCCACCACCGCCGUCUUCGGCAGCGCCACCCGGCCCGGCGCCCCCUCCACCUACCUCACGCAGCCGCGCACCGUCCACACUGCGCGCCUCGAUGCUCGACCCUUCGGCCUUUACGCUCACGCCCAACGGCGGCAAGAGCCCUUCACCGACGCACAGCUCGAGCAACCUGCAGCGGCCAACGAGCUCGGCCGGGGGCCACAGUAGGACGGCCUCGAGCGGCGGCGGCGGCGGCGGCGUCGGGUCCGGGAUACGCUACAACGUCGACGACGCGCGCUGGAGGUUCAGGGGCGAGGACCAGUUCCCCAAGCCGCGAGACUUUCAUCCUAGCCAGAAGAAGUACCGCGCUGGGAGGGGAAGCAGUGUGCCUCUGGAUCUGAGCGUGCUGUAG